CUCAAGUGCAAUCCACCACCACCAAGCCGAUGCCUAGAGACAAGACCAGAAACGCCGAGGAAGAACGAGAAAUCAGGUUGCCUGGCCUGCUUUUGGACAAAAUUAAGCAGAAGGAGGACAGCGGAGAGUACGACGAGGACUCCUCCAGAUUCACCCAGUUCGAGAACAAGAAGAGAAAGGGCCAGCCAGUCUCGAGAAAGGAGAAGAGACAGCAGGAGAGACAGCUCAAAAAGCAAAAGAGAAUAUCCAGCAAGACUUCGAGGAAACACGAUGAGACUGCCAGCAACAAGACCCACAAGCAAACACCAGCCAAGAAAGAGGUCAAGAGUAUCUUGAAGAAACCCACCCAGCCUGAAGAAGACCCCAUGGCUGCGUUGGCGGCGUUGAAGGCCAAAAAAGCCAAAAAGUCCCAAGAUGAAGAUCCAAUGGCCGCAUUAGCAGCCUUAAAGGCCAAGAAGGCAUCCAAAUCAAACGAAGAUGACCCCAUGGCUGCAUUGGCAGCCUUGAAGGCUAAGAAAUUGGCUAAGGAUGAUCCUUUGGCUGCUUUGGCCGCCUUGAAAGCUAAUAAGAAAAAGAAUAAAGUCGAGGAAUUCAGAGUGGUCAAAGAAGAUGACUUGGAUGAUGAAGAUUUCGACGAAGAGGAUUUUGGAGAGGAAGAUGAUGAUCUUGACGAAGACCUUGAAGGUUUUGAAGAUCUUGAUGAAGAGGGCGAUGAAGAUGAAGAAAAUGAGGACCAAGACGGCUCUGAUUUUGACGGGUUUGAGCUGGAAGAAGACAUCUCUGAACUCGAAGUCGAGGAGGAUCCGUUAGCAAAAUUGAAAGCAAUAAAGGAGGCCAAAAAAGCCGGCGAAGCCAAGAAGGAAAAGGAAUCCAAAAAAUCCAAAAAAGAUACUAACGCAUCAGAAGCCACUGUCUUGACAUCCCAAGACCGUGCUCUUUUCGAAAAAGAUGAUGAAGAUAUCGAAUAUUAUGCCAAAAAGUUGGGUAUUAAAAACGGUAAAAAGGGAAAGCUUUCUAAGCAAGACGAUGAUGAUGAUAUUGGAGGAUUGCUCGAUGGGCUUGACUUGGACUUUGGUGAUGGCUUUGAAGAAGGUGAUGAAGAUGAAGACGAAAGCGAGGAGUACAGUGACGUCAGUGGAGAAGACUCUGACUCCGAAGAGAGUAAACCCAAGAAAGAAAAUCCAUUCGUUGCACCCACCCAAUCUGAUGAUUCCGAAGGCUCAGAGGAUGAAGAUUCUCAAAAAGAAUCAAAAUACAUCCCUCCAGCAUUACGUCGUAAAAUGGCAUUGGAGAAUGAUACCUCCGAGGAAAUACUCAACUUACGGAAGGCAAUCAAGGGUCCAUUGAAUAGAUUGUCAGAGGCCAACAUCAACACCAUUACCAAUGAAAUUAAUGGUUUGUACUUGACUUACGCGAGACACUCAGUGAACGAGCAAUUGACUAAUUUGAUAUUGGACAGCAUUAUCCAACAAGGGAGAUUAUUGGACACUUUUGUCUACUUGCAUGCAACCUUGGUGGCAGCCAUUUAUAGAUUACAAGGAGUUGAAUUUGGUGCUUAUUUUAUACAGACUUUACUUGAGAAAUUUGAGAGCUGGUACAAGGACUCUACUAAAACCAAAGAAGCAUCUAAUUUGAUUUCGUUGUUAUCUUCUGUCUAUUUAUUCUCGAUAGUUGGCUCGAAGUUGUUGUAUGAUAUCAUCAAGUUGCUCAUUUCCGACUUGAAUGAAAUUAACGCAGAACUUUUGUUGAGAUUAAUCAGAAGUGCUGGUAAUCAAAUGAGAUCUGACGACCCAAGCUCCCUUAAGGAGAUCGUGCUAUUGACCAACCAAGUCGCCACCACCUUGACAAAAGACAAAUUGAAUCCAAGAACCCAAUAUUUGAUUGAAACCAUCACUUCCUUGAAAAACAACAAGCUCAAGGUUAAUAACGAAGCCAACCACCAAUUAUCAAUUCGUCUUAAAAAGUUCUUGGGGUCUAUCAACAACAACAAGUUCAAUGAUCCCAUUCAAGUGAGUCUUGAUGAUAUUCACAAUAUAGAAACUAGAGGUAAGUGGUGGUUAGUCGGUUCUGCCUGGAAAGGAGUCGAAAAAGAAGAACCUACGGUAAAUGUUGAAGCUGUCAAUGACAUCUUGGACAAUGCUGAGCCUAACUGGAUGGAGUUGGCUAGAUCUCAAAGAAUGAACACUAAUAUCAGAAGAGCUAUCUUCAUCUCCAUCAUGUCCGCGAACGAUUAUAUUGAUGCUGUGACCAAACUUGACAAGCUCAACUUGAAAAGAUCACAAGAAAGAGAAAUUCCAAGAGUUUUAAUCCAUUGCACUGGCGUGGAACCAGCUUGGAACCCAUACUAUGGUAUUUUGGCAAACAAAUUAUGUGAAAACCAUUCUAAUAGGAAGACUUUCCAGUUCAUGAUGUGGGAUAUCAUCAAGGAGUUUGAAGGUUCUACUGGGGAUGAUUCUGAAGGGGAAGAGGAUGACUUCUUGGGUUUUGAUAAUGAAGAUGAUGAGACUAAACUUAAAAGAAUCCUUAACUUAGGAAGAUUUUUUGGCUUCUUAUUGUCCGAGGGUGCUUUGCCAUUGCACAUUUUGCGAACUGUGAAUUUUGUCACUGCAAGCAGUAACACUGUCUUGUUCUUGGAAGUUUUAUUCUUCUCAUUCUUGGAUCAAAUUGGUAAAAAAUCUCAACUCAAUUCUGUUGGUGCUGGGUUGGGUAAGAAACUGAUGAAGAUGUCUGAACUAAGAUUCGACGACAAGUUACUUAUUGAAAGGACCUUAAAAGCUCAAGAACAACCCACGUUAUUGAGAGGUAUUGAAUUCUUUUUGACAGACAAGGUAGCAAAGAGUGACUUGAUUACUGGGAGAAAACAGAGGAAGAGAAUUGAAUGGGGUGUCGAAGCAUGGAGCGUGAUCAUUGAGGAGUUCCUCAGAGGAAAAGAAGAUUAUGAUUAAUUAAAUUGUGGUCUUAUUGGACAUGACUAACGAAAUUAUGGUCUAUUAGCUUUGCUAUUCAAGGAUAUGAAUACGGUUCUAUUUAUAGUUAUAUACAAGAUUAAGUUAUAGAAAUAGACA